GCGCCCCAACGCCGCUCCCAUUGCGGGGUCGAUCGCCCGGGGCAAGUACGAGAAUAUCCCAGGCACCCGCGUCCAGCCGAAGCAGGGCGGCCGCGUGGUGCGCGUGGUAGUCGCAGACGGCCGCGAGUUCAGCGUCGACAACGCCCGCGCAGCCAGGAAGCACCUGGCCCGCCUCGCCGAGGAGGCGGCGGAGAUCGCCAGGAUCCGGGGCACCCCGCUGCCCGAGACCCCGAAGGGGCGCGCCGACAGGGCCGCGAAGCGCAAACGCAGGAGGAAGGCGGGCGCCGAGCGGGCCGCUGCGGGAGGCCCUGGCGCCGACGCUCCCCAGGUGGAGCAGCAGGCGCAGAGGGGUUCCGCGGCUGCGGCCAGGCCGGCAGCGGAGCCUCCGGCGCAGCCCGCGCGCCUCGGCAAGCGGACGCGCCGGCGGGACCACGCGGCGGCGCGGCCUGAAGGGCCAGAGCCGAUGCCCGCGGCACCCCUGGCCACUGGGAGCGCCAGGGAGGAGGCCGCACCGGCGCCAGCGCUGGCGAGGGUGCCGAAGAAGCUCGCAAGCGUGGCAAGAAGAGGGCGCGCGGCGCGGCGGCGGUGCCCGCGGAGCCCGCCGGCGCGGCGGGCG